UGAAUAUCUUACCUUAGCUAUAGAGGUAACUUGUCUUCUGUUUAUAAAUGGAGAUUUGAGAUUCAAAGCAAAUUAGAACUUGUUCUGGGAUGAUUUCUUGUUACGGUGUUCAUCUUCUCAAUCUUCCAUUAUAAGCAGAUUGAGAUGUGUCCUGCCGGCGUUGUCUUCCAUAAGCUUGUUCAUCUCGAGCUAUACACACGUGAGAAAGACUGGUGUGAUGUACUUGUAUAUAUGCUCGAAGGUUCUCCAAACCUGCGAGUUCUGGAACUCAACAGUGACGAGCCAAAGGGCAGGUUGCGGGAAUGUUUUUAUGCAGAGGUUCAUUAUCCAGAGGAUUGGUGGGAGCAACUACCUGAUUAUCUCCCUCGAUGUUUAUUGUCGAACCUUGAAACUUUUCAGUGGAAACAUUAUAGAGGAUGGGAGACAGAGACAAAACUGGCGGCGUACAUCCUGGCAAAUGCUAUAUGUCUGAAGAUGGCCUCUAUUUGCCCGGCGGAAAACAAUUUAGAGGGGAAACAUCGGAUUCUGAAGGAAUUGGCUUCCAUGGCCAGGGGUUCAUCUUCGUGUCAACUUAUUUUCAACGACUGAUAUUGUACGUACUUUUUUUAGGGGAGAUUCAUGCCUUAAAUAUUACAAUUCAUACAGCUUGAUGAAUCUCUGAUUGUUUCUAAUAAUGAAACAGGAAGCGCGAGAGCUGCUUUCUUCGCUAAGUUCUUGUU